GAUUCAAAAAUUUUCUUUAUUUUCUUAAACUUUGUGCCAAGUCAAAGUAAGUCAUUUUUUUUUAAACGAAGGGAGUACUAAAAUAAAGGGUAGUAAUGUAAAUUCAGCAAACAUUUCGGUUCGGAUCUACCAUCCACAAUCACCUCCACUAAACCCUAAGAAUAUAUAACUGCACAUCAUUCACCAGUAUCAAAACCCUAGUAGCAGUCCCAAAAUCGAAUUCUCUCGUAGCUUUCAAAUCUCCCUCAAGAAGAAGAAAUGAAGGUAAUUGCUGCUUAUUUGUUGGCCGUUUUGGGUGGCAACGCAUCACCUUCCGCUAAAGACUUGAAGAAUAUUCUUGGUUGUGUUGGUGCUGAGGCUGAUGAUGACAGAAUUCAACUGCUCUUGUCUCAAGUUGAGGGCAAAGAUAUCACCGAGCUGAUUGCUGCUGGCCGAGAAAAGCUGGCUUCAGUGCCUGCUGGCGGCGGUGGUGCUGUUGCAGUUGCUGCCCCUGCUGGUGGAACUGCUGCUGUAGCAUCUGCUGAGGAGAAGAAGGAAGAAAAGAAGGAAGAGAAAGAGGAGUCAGAUGAUGAUAUGGGCUUCAGUCUAUUUGAUUAGAAGAAUACAAUGUUCUCUGUAUGAUGCAGCAUUCCUUCUUCGGUUGUUCCCCCCUUUAUCUUAUUUUAGGAAGUUUCUUGUCUAAGUAAUGGAUUUUGUUAUUAGUAAUCUAGUUGAAGAAGCUUGAUUUUACUUUGGGAACUUUUUGAGGCAGAUAACGGAAGUUAUAAUGACAAUUUGAUUUUAAAUUUCA